AUGCCCGCGCCAACCGCCCUGAAGGUGGCCCACGAAGCCCCGCUUCCCGUCGAAGCCGAUAUUGUCGAGCAAGGCGAGGACGAAUUUAUCCUCGACGCUUCCGAAGCUGUGGCUGGCGAGGGAGAAUUUUUGGCUCCCCAAGAACCUGACGGCGACGAGUUUAUGGCUAUUGACGAAGAGGGCCGACCUCGGUUUGCCCCCGCCAAGGACGUUGACCCUGUGACACGAGUUGAAACUCGAAAAGUGCCGAUUCCACCUCACCGAAUGACGCCGCUGAAACAGAACUGGAUGACAAUCUACCCUCCUCUUGUCGAGCAUCUCAAGCUCCAGUGCCGUAUGAAUGUGGCGCGCAGAACCGUGGAGCUAAGAACAUCCAAACACACUACCGACUCCGGUGCCCUACAGAAAGGCGAAGACUUUGUCAAAGCGUUUACCCUCGGGUUUGACGUCGACGAUGCCAUUGCCUUGCUGCGCCUGGAUGACCUCUAUAUCGAGACAUUCGAGAUCAAAGACGUAAGGACCAUGCAUGGAGAUAGCCAGGCCCGUGCCAUCGGCCGGAUCGCAGGCAAGGACGGCAAGACCAAGUUUGCUAUCGAGAACGCUAGCCGUACGCGAGUCGUCUUGGCUGACUCCAAGAUUCACAUCCUGGGAGGGUUCAAGAACAUUCACAUGGCCCGCGAAUCUAUUGUCAGCCUCAUUCUUGGAAAGCCUCCAGGCAAGGUGUAUGGUAAUCUGCGCACCGUGGCUGCGCGCAUGAAGGAGCGAUUCUAA